GGCAGGGAGGAAGUGAUGCAGGAAAAUGCCCACAAUGUAGCAGCUCCACUCAAUGACGAAAAAGGGGGAAGCACAAAGAAAUAGGCUGCUAGUCCGAGAUGGUCCUUUAACUCGCUCCAGAGAGCGAACAUAAUUCAAAAUGGAUUCAAAAGCACAAUGUGGUUGCUAGCUGUUUACUUCUUUGUUUGUUUUCUAAAACGGGGUUGAAUUCGGUAUUGAUGUGGAAGUUUUUGUCAGCUGCCAGCUAGUUAGCUAUCCUAGCAAUAUGAGUUAACGCGACGAGUUUGCCUCAGUUCGUUUCUGGUCGCUCCGCUACCUUGGCCAACUUACUCACUACUUAUUUUGUAUUGUCGUCCGUGGAGUUAUGAACAUCAAAUUACACACACUAGAACUGUCCAAAAAGCAUUGCGGAUGUCAAGGUCACAAUGAUGGAGCAGAAUAGAACGACACUUUGAUCUGUGGCAAAUGCCUUCAGGGGGAUUGUCUGGUUUUUAAGGUCUGGCAGUGGAUAGUGGAAGAUUUGGUACAGGCCUGAGGGUAUGUUGAUACGUCUCGCAGGGCCAGAGAAGAGGCGUCUAGGUGGUUCGGACGGGGACUGAAGGCGAGGAGGAAAGACGGACCAAGGCGGGCGGAAGACAUGGGUCAGUGUGUCACCAAGUGUAAGAAUCCAACAUCCUCACUCGGCAGUAAGAGUGGAGACAAGGAGAGCGGCUCCAAGUCCCACAACAAGAAAGGAGGCAGUGCUGGUGGUGGGGGCCACAAAGAGGAGCCCAGUGCGCUGUGUAGCAAAACCACCAGCGAGCUGUCGAAUGGCACCAAGCCGUUGGAGGUUACAGUGGAGACACCCGUCAUUCCUGCGGUGAUGGGGGAAGCACACAAGGAUGAGUAUCUGGAUGGAGAUGGGCUGUCGAUGCUGCGCAUUGAAGAGUUGUUCCACUGCUACAAGGAUGAACAGGAAGAUGCCAUCUUGGAGGAAGGCAUGGAGAGUUUUUGCAAUGACCUGUGUGUGGACCCGGCAGAGUUCCGUGUGCUUGUUCUUGCCUGGAAGUUUCAAGCAGCCACCAUGUGCAAGUUUACAAGGAAGGAGUUUGUUGAUGGCUGCAAGGCCAUUCAGGCAGACAGCCUCGAGGGCAUCUGCUCACGUUUCCCUGUCAUGCUGCAGGACGCCCAGGGGGAGGAGAACUUCAAGGACCUGUACCGCUUCACCUUCCAGUUUGGCCUGGACGCCGAGGAUGGCCAACGCUCGCUGCAGCGAGAAAUUGCUAUCGCCCUGUGGCGCCUGGUGUUCACCCAGGACUCGCCUGCGAUCUUGGAGCACUGGCUGGACUUCCUCUCGGAGAACCCCUCAAGUAUUCGGGGCAUCUCAAGAGACACGUGGAACAUGUUCCUGAACUUUACCCAGGCCAUUGGGCCUGACCUGAGCAACUACAGCGAGGACGAGGCCUGGCCGAGCCUCUUUGACACCUUCGUGGAGUGGGAGUUGGAGCGUAGGAAAAAGGAGGAGGAACAGGCACUGAUGGCAAAGGAGGAAGAGGGGAGGUGUACUGAGACAGAGUGUUCUCCCACCACAGAUAGACUUGAAACCGAGGGAAGCCGCGGCUCACAGACGUGGGGGGGCCACUAACGAGGAAUCAAGAAACAUUUGUAAGGGAGGAAAGGAUAUGAUCUACAUCUGAACUGUACAUCUGUGAAUCAUUGGAGGAAUAUUAGUAUUAUCAUUACGGCUGUUCAUUUUGCUCUCCUUUUCUGUCGGGUGGGAUUCCUUUGUUUUUUUUUCUCGAAAGGGCUCUAAGAACUGUCAUGUUUUAAGCACUUCUAUUUAAGUUAUUGUUUUACUUUUUAUUUCUCCUCCCAUGUGUGUUUUAGUAAUUGGACAUGUGGUCCAUUUUAACAUCCACCUACCUACCAUAACCCAGCAGACUAAGGUUGGUUUUAAAAACAGGCAACAGAAAGCCAUAACCUUUUCCUAUUUAAGACCUGGUAACACUGCUGAUAUGUUUAUUACAAGGAAAUAGUUAAUAUUAAAGAAAAAGGGAAAUUUUGGCAACCUGUCUACAAAUAAUUUCUUAAUAUCAAAAUAUGAGAUUUACCAACAGUCAGUGAAAUUAUUUUUAUUGGACUAGAUUGGAUACUUUUAUCUUGCAGUGCUGUGAGGAUGAAUUGGUUGCACUUUUUUGCCUUCACUCAACUGUUAGCCUGCAAAUACACGGCAAACAGUAAUGUAUUAGUUUGUUUUUAAAGGUAAUGCAAAGUUGUAAUAUCCAUUUAAAUCCAAGUUGGUUUCCAUGGUAACAGACCCACCCUCUUCUGCAUAUUGUGUUUUUGAGUGCUACUAGUGCAGUGAGCGGCUUAGCUUGUUUAAGCAGCUGGCUGUGCUUUCUUUUGACCUCAUAGCAUCUACCAUUUUGAUGUCUACUUAUUUUCAAGAAGCGGUUAAGUGUGUACAACACAAUGAUGCUGGCCUUUCUCAGAUGCCUCAUUAAUCUUAUUGUAGGAAGUCUGUAAUGCAACAAUUUGACUAAAGUUAAGUCUUGGUCAUUUCUAAAUAGAUGCCUAAACCUGAGUUACAUUUAGGACCGUUACCCUGGGCGCCACACAAACCUUAUAUUGUUUACCUUCAGGAUUUUAUGAGUCUUGAGUCACAUCCUUGAACUGCUAUACAAAAAGUGUGCACACUUCA